UUCAAUUUCGAUUUUAUCCAGGAAAACAUGGAGUCCGUCUGAUGAAUGAUUUUAGAGUUAAUUUGUUAAAUCAAAAGCGUUUAAGAACAUUUUAAAGCUAUAGAGAAGUUUUCCGACGAUUGUAAAACAGUAUAAACGCUGCAGCGCUCAGCUGAACGCUUUGGUUCAGGUUUGGUGUCACUUUUACGUCUCUGGCAGACAGACUGAUCAGUCGGUGUGGUCGUUUUUGUUCCUACAUCAACAUGUUGGAAGAAACGGGACCAGAGUGGUUGUCUGAGGAGGUGAAAACCGGAACAACUAUCAUUGCCAUAGAGUUCAAGGGAGGGGUCGUGUUGGGGUCUGACUCCAGAGUGUCUGCAGGGGCGUCAGUGGUCAACAGGGUGAUGAACAAGCUGUCUCCCCUCCAUGACAAGAUCUACUGUGCUCUGUCAGGCUCUGCAGCAGAUGCUCAGACCAUCGCUGAGAUAGUUAAUUAUCAGCUGGAUGUUCACAGUAUCGAGAUUGGCGAGGACCCCCAGGUUCGCUCAGCUGCCACUCUGGUGAAGAACAUCUCAUAUAAGUACAAGGAGGAACUGUCAGCGCAUCUCAUCGUCGCCGGCUGGGACAGAAGACAGGGAGGGCAGGUGUUUGCAACCCUGAAUGGUCUCCUGACCAGACAACCUUUUGCAGUCGGUGGUUCUGGCAGCUCGUACAUUUAUGGGUUUGUUGAUGCUGAGUAUCGCAAGGACAUGAAAAAAGAGGAGUGUCAGCAGUUUGUUGUCAACGCUCUCGCUUUGGCAAUGAACCGUGAUGGCUCCAGUGGUGGCGUCGCCUACAUUGUCGCCAUCGAUGAGCAGGGCACAGAGGAGAAAGUUGUUCUAGGAAAUGACUUACCCACCUUCUUUGAUAUGUCAUAGUUUUUCUAUUACAAGGGUGCCAAGCCACUGUUGUGCAGAACACAAUAAUAUCAUGACUCACAUUUUUUGACUCAGCUGUCACCUUUAAAAUAUUGGUCAAGAAUACAUCUGCUAACAUUUUUUUAAAAAGAGAGACAUUUCCUUGCAUUGUUUUAUAAUUUCCAGAUCCAAUUCAUAUAAUUGUCAGGUUUAAAAGUGACUCACACCCUCAGAUUAUCAGAUAAGAUUUGUUUCAUUACUUAAGAAAUUUAAGGAAGACUGAAGCUUACAGUUUAAUAAUUUACCUACCAAAAAAAUACUGACACUUAGUAAUUGUAGUGUAGUGUAGUGCCCUCGACUAUGUUCAGGUCAGAUUCAAAUGACUAGAUAGAUGGACAGCAAUUGUAACUGACUAUCGCAUCUAAUAACUGUUUUGUAGCCACCAGGCAACCUAGAAAAAGGUCUGAAGAUGAUGAGAUGAGUCAUUCAGUUAAUGAGCACUAAUCUUAUUAGUCCAACCACUCCUACAGAAACACUCUUUCAUUAAUGAGGUUGCCUGAGCUAUUCAGUGUGAGAAACAUACCGCCACAGCAGGAGGAAUGGAGUUGUCAUUAUUAUGAUCUUUGGUCACCUGGUUUAGCUUUCUAACAUUUACAUACAUUUCACUAUAGUAAAUGCACUCACAAGUCCCAUAUGUGCUUUAAUGUGUAUUAUGUGGACAUUAAAAUGAAAUAAAAGCCCUUUGUUGAAAGGUU